AUGUCUGGAUAUUAUCCUCCUCCAGGGCACAACAUUCCGCCUCAGUACUACAACCUCGAUCCCAACGCGAUCCCCAAUUCCAACAUUCAGCAUGCCCCACCAACUAUAAUCUCGCAUGGCUCAUAUGCACCCACUUUGCCAGACAACCCGUUUCAACCUGGUGUCCCUGGACCAUUUGUACAAUACGAAAACAUCGGUCAGCCAAACUACGUCGAUCAAUAUGAGGAUGUAUCUGGCCCCCUGGGCUCAGCGCAUGGUGCGAACAGCCGUGCGCGAAGGAGGCCAGCGCCUGGCGAGCAGGUGAAGCAUCGCAGGACUCGGAGCGGCUGUUUUACCUGCAGGCAAAGAAGAGUCAAGUGCGACGAAAACCAUCCUGUGUGUGAACGAUGCCGCAAGGGGAGCCGCGAGUGCAUCUACCCAGACUCACAGUCCAGUCAGAAAUCGACCCGCAGUGGGUCGAAGUCGGGCAAGUCUACAUCCGCGGACGAUCAAUCUUCGCCCGAAGACCAUGAAGGAGAGGACAAGGAGCGUCUUCCUGCGAUCAUGGAUGAAGACGAAGAGGACGAUUACGUCGAGUAUGAUGACGACGACGACAUGUCAAGGAGCCAAGAUGCUCGCGACUCUUCACAUACACCAGGCUCUUUCCUCGAUCAAAGUACUUCUCCAUCCACUGAAGCAUCCUCGAUACCGCCUACGAUACGACCAUCUAUGUCUCGGAAAGGCAGCGUGCAAACUACCAAGACCGGUCCAGCAACCAAGGGCACAUCGGCUAUGGCGCGAGACCUUCAGUUUUACUUGAACUACUUUCGGAACCAUAUGAGUGUACAUCAUUACUCUCUGAAACGUGAUACACAUGGCUUCCUCAAAGGUGACUUUUUGAGUUGGGCGACCAAGUUUGAGCCAUUAAAGUACGCUGUAGCUGGUUACGCGGCGUACUUCCAUACGCUUGCACAACCGGAUGGUCGCAUGUCCAACUUCCUCCAAUUCUACAACGAGUCUGUCUCACGACUGAGGAUAGCCAUCACAAAGAACAAGAAGCAGGGGCUCGCGACCUUUUUGACUAUAUUACAACUUGCAAGUAUUGAGGAGAUGCUUGGUGACUGGGUCAACCUCAUGGGUCAUCAGAAAGCUGCCUUCGAAAUGCUCACUCGCCUAUACACGCCCGAGACCAUCACCAAAUCUAAUUUCCUUUGCAAGGUACUACUCUGGUACAUUCGAUUCGACCUGUUCGUUGGCUUCCAGUCUGGUGGUGAAGCAGUGCUUGGUCGCGAGUGGUACGUGGCGGUACAUGAAUGCUACGUUGAGAAAGUACGCGACAAGCCAGAUGACAUCGACAUGCUGUAUGAAGAGCGCUUUGCGCAUUCACGACUGGUAGCGAAAGAUUCGAAUGACCUGUUCGCGAGAACUGCCAAAGGUCUCGUCAAUCCUCAGGAUUUCAUGACCCAACUACCAAUACUAAAGGAGAGGGUGGAGUCGUUGCAAAGAAACCUAGGCGCCGCUUUGACUGAUCCUAGUAACAAGGUCCACCAUAUCCCAGGAGAGCCAGACCCAGAAGACUUUGUCAAUCCUUACGAACCGGAUGUCAUAUAUGGUGGUCCGUUGUGGACGUCGAAUUACCUGCUGUUGGAUACAUGGGGUAUCCAGUUCAUGUUCAACAUUUCAUCUUCUAUGGCGUUGAAGGUGCCUCUUGAUCCAGAUGUUACAAAAGAAGCGUUCAAGGCGGUGCAGGUCUUUGAGGCUAUGUGUGCAUAUCCUGACGCUCCCCCCGGCGCACUACUAGAGGCACAGGUCAGUUUCGCGAUUGCGACUCUGUUCCUACCGAAAGACCAGAAGACUGUGCAGUGGCUUCGAAGGUCGUUUGCGAAGAUCGAAGCAGCAGGGUACAUCUAUUCUGAUGUUCUUCGAAAUCGCAUGCUCGAAUCUAUGGGCCUCAGCCCAUCAGACUGGUGGCUCCCCAACGACGAAGGCUGUCCACCAAUAAUUCGAUCCAUCAAAGACUUCAUCAAAGAGCGCACACAGGCUCCUAAAGACCAAGUUUCGGACGACCUACGAGAGAUGCGAGGCAUUUUCAGCUCCCUAACCAUCUCGGACUCACCACCAUCCGAUAACAUGACGGUAACGAGCGCCGAUGGCUUAGGUUCAACAUAUGGUUCUCCGGAUUGGCAGUCAUCAGGCUACGGAAGUAGCCGCAAGUCGUCAAGCGUAGAGGCCUAUCCGCCGGGGUCAUAG